AUGGCCUCCUCCUGUGCCCACCCCGUGGCAGCCUUGCCAGGCCCCCAUGAGAAGAGCCCUGCGCCGCCCUUCGACACCUUCGAGUAUUUCCAGGACAAGGAGGAUGACCUGGACAAGCCCUACAAUGACCGCUCGUACCUCAGCUCCGAGGGGCUGGCCCGCGAUGACGCCCGCACAGAGUUUGUGGCAUUGCUGACGAGUGGCCCGGAGCCAUGGCACCCCAGGUCCAGCGCGGUGGCCAAGGCUCGCUUCACCCUCCUGCGGUCCUACCUGCUCUUCUCCAUCAGCUACGAGCGGCUGGGUCGGCCAAGCCGGGUGCGUUUCAGUGACCCUGAGGGCAACGUGCUGUUCGAACACCCCGUGCAGAAGAGCGCUGCCCCUGAGGACGGCAUGUGGGUGCUCACCAUGGUGGGUGCCCUUCAUGCCCCUUUCCCCCCGCCACACACAGAGACCUUUGGUGCCAUCCUGACCUCGUCGGACCCCAUGCACCUGGGUGCUGGGGGCAUGGCCAUGCUGACACUGAGCGACACUGAGAACAACCUGCACUUCAUCCUCAUGGCACGGGGGCUGCUGGAGCCUGGAGCUGGGGAAUCUUCCUGGGUCCCACUGCGGGUCUGCAUCCUGCACGAGGGCCAGACGCUGCGGGAGAUCCGCGCCAACAUCACUGCAGAGGAUCCUGACUUCGCAGAGGGGCUGGCCAUCCAAAGUGUGCUGUGCGGAGCAGACGCCUUGCUGCCGACCAAGACAGGGGCCGUGGGCUCGGCCAAGCUGGCACUGCAUGAGAACGGCACGCUAGAGUACCAGGUGCAGGUGGUGGGCACUGCCAGCGAGGUGGUGGGCAUCACGUUGGAGACCAAACCCCGGCGGAAGAGCAAGAGGAACAUUCUGUUUGACAUGACACCCAGCUACAAGGAUGGGCUG